AUGUGUGGGAGCAUCUGUGUGGAGGAGAGCAUUCGUGAGGUGCCUUCUGUGUGGGUGACCGCCAGCACCUCAGCUGGGGAAGGUCCCCCAUCAUCCAGAAUCACAUUGACACCCAAACAUUCACCCAAUUACCCUCCCCUCAUCCUGGGUGGUAGAAGUGAGUGGUGGGUGACCAAGGGUGGAGGCCUCACCCUCGGGUGCAGACGAGCGGGUCACCCAGAGCCCACGAUCGAGUGGGACCGUAACGGGGGAGCUCUGGGGGAGGGGGAGCAGCUGCUUCCGGGGGGAGAUGUGCAUCUUAGAGAAGUGAAGGAGAGUGGGAAUUACACGUGUACGGCCGUGAACAACAUGGGUGUGGACAGGGUGACUCAUGUGGUGCAUGUUACCACACCCCCACCCCCUCCAGUUCUCACCCUCACCCAUGCUACACAUUCAUCACUCAACGUUACCAUCACCACCACGGGGGACGGGGGAGCCCCCAUACUUGGCUACACGGUGCACUACCGCCUGCCGUCUGGGUCGUGGCAGCAGCAGGCGACGCCUGAUAACUGA